UCCUCUGACCGAUUCAUAUGGAAUCAGGACAAUAUAUUCAUAGACUAUGGUCAUCAAAUUUUAGUAAUUUACUAGUGAACAGGGCAGGUGUAAGAGAUGUGUCUAGAGAUGGGUUUAGCAUGGUAAAAAGAUUUACAAAUGGCUGACAUUGGAGAUGCAUCUGCAGUGUUGAAGACCUUAAAAGAGUUAAACAAUCCAAGUGAUAUACUUUAUAUCAGGACUAUUUUAUCGAAGGUGAUGUCACUUCAUGCAAAAGGUUUUGAUAUUAGAGAAGCAUUACCAAAGAUUGUCAAGCUUCUAGCCAACCAAGAUUUGGUUGUCAAGAAAGCUCUUUAUAACAUUCUGACCACAUACUCCUUUAGUGAUCCAGAUGUGAUUCUAUUGGCUACGAAUACUUUAUUACAGGAAUGUUCAGACAGCAACCCCAUGGUCCGUGGCCUAGCCAUCAAAACCAUAUGUACAUUUAACCAUGAAACUUUUCUAGAAUAUGGAAUAAGAAGUGCUGUGAAAGGUCUAAAAGAUAGCAGUGCCUACGUAAGACGAACAGCUGUGCUAGGAUGUGGACAGUUAAAUCUCAGAUCAAAAGGAGUCUGUCAGGAACAUGGUAUAGUGGAUCAGUUGUACAGGUGUAUACGUGACCUUGACCCUGUUGUCAUGGUAAAUUCCAUUGUCGUUCUGGAAGAAAUUCUAACCAAGGAAGGUGGAAUAGUACUUAAUAAAAGCAUUGCUCAUUUUAUUUUUGGGAAGAUAGAAACAUUGACGCCAUGGGGGGUCUUAUACUGUUUUCAAAUUUUACAAAAGUAUCAACCAAAAGCAGAGGAUGAAAUGUUUGACAUAUUAAAUAUAUUAGACCCAUAUUUGACUCAUAAUAACAACAGUAUAGCAGUACAUUGUUUCCAACUAUUUUUACAUUUUUUGAAGGAGUUUCCAUCUUUGAAAACAGAAGUAAUUAAAAGGUGUUUCGAUAAUAUUGUAAAUGUUGUUAAAUCAGGAAAUCCAGAAGUUGUUUUCUGUGUAAUAGAAUUCUUUGAAAAGUAUAUGAAUGAAUCAGGUCAGAUUUUAAACAAACAUUUUAAAAUGUUUAGAUGUAAACAAAAAGACCCUGCAUACCUGAAAGUAAAGAAGAUUGAUUUCAUGAGAAAUAUUUUGAACGAGGGAAAUGUUUCAGAUAUUUUAGAUGAAAUGCAACUCCAUUCUACCGAUUCUAACGAAGCUGUAUCACUCAGUGCAUUACAAAUAAUAGCUAUUACACAACAAUCACACCCAGACACUUCAGAGAAAUGUUGCACUAUUUUCACACAACUUCUCAAAUCAAAUGUCAGUCAUGUGAUAACAAAUUGUCUUCGUGUGCUACAAAAAAUAGAUCUAUCAAAAUCAGAUAAUUGUGCAGAGUUUUUAUCCAUGUUGUGUAAUAGUUUACAAUUUAUAAAAGAUGAUAGUGGUAGGUGUGCAAUGUUAACUCUUCUUGGUAACUAUGGUAAUAUUUAUGAAGAUGCUCCUUACGUUCUUGAAGAUUUCAUAGAAGAUGCUGAAAACUCUUCAACUGAGGUCAAAGUUCAUCUUUUACAUUGUUGUAUGAAAAUGUUUUUCUAUUAUCCAGGCAUUUGUCAGCACAUGCUUGGUAAAAUAUUUGAAAUUUGUUAUUCUGAUAGUGAUGAGUGUUUACAAAAUAUAGCUGUGUACUAUUACAGUUUGUUACAAACCAACGUUGAAGAUGCUAAACAUGUAAUAAUGAAUUGUAGAAAUAGUCAUUCUCAUAAAGAACAAUCACAGGACAAUAAAUUGUAAUAACUCUCUACUUAAAAGUAUUAUAUUAAAGUGUACUUAUUCUUAUAAAGUAUUAUAUAUAUUGUGUUGGAAUGAAACUACUUAUUUAUGCAAUAAAUAUAUUUUUGUAUAUUUUUA